CUCUGUAAAAACCAUUUAAUCUGGUGCAAUGAGUCGUCGUUUCACGCACCAACACAACGCUACACCCUUGUGAGUUCUUUUUAUGCGAUAAAUGACCAGCCUAGUGUCGAAUUGAAUCAUAAAAGUAUCGGACACCGUGAGCAGUGGAAGCUAAGCUAUUCAUUAUCGAAGAAAAGUGGAAAUGAUGAAGUCGAUCUUUUUCGGUGUUGUUGCCGUUGUCAUCACCAUAGUGUCGUUUUACCAGGAAACGGCCCAAGCUCAGGAACAAAAGGGAACAUCGGAUCAAGGCACGUACAAAUGGAAUGCCAUGGAUGACCAGUGUCUCCGAGCUUUGCAUGGCCAGAUCAACAAAGAAUUCGAUGCCUCUAUUGUAUACCUGAAGUUUGCUGCCCAUUUUGCCCAGGAAAAAAUUAAUCUUCCAGGAUUCGAGAAAUUCUUCUUCAAUGCCGCUGGCGAAGAACGCGAGCAUGGUAUCAAACUGAUCGAAUAUGCACUGAUGCGAGGCCACGGCCCAGUCAACAAGACUACUUUCAAUCUUGAUUAUAGCUUCCAAAUUCCGAGCGGAACAGAUGGUGAAACCGCGUUGAAAUAUGCACUGAAAAAAGAGGAAGAAGUAACCCACAGUAUUCGCCAAGUGAUCAAGGCUUGUGAGGAAGGUUCAAACGAUUUCCACCUUGCCGAUUAUCUUACCGGCGAGUAUCUUGAUGAGCAACAUAAAGGACAGCGGGAAUUGGCCGAAAAAAUUGCUACUCUAAACAAGAUGAAGAAGAGUGCGCCCAAACUAGGCGAAUUUCUGUUUGAUAAGAACCACAUGUAAAAAUAAGACUUAUAAAUCUAUGUGUUAAGGAACUUAGAGAAGAUUGCUAUCAGAUUACAUUUCAAAUUCCAACUCUUUUUCUGUUACAGUUUUGAAACUAGAUCGCAGAAUGUUGAACAAAUAAACUUAUGAACAAUAC